CUUUAACUUUCCUCAUAUUAUACUACCCCUGAUUUUUAGUGAGUCACACGUGUCACUGAGAAAUGACAGUUACUCUUUCUCUCUUCCUCUCCUGCCCACAUCCUUCUUCUCACAGCAAUCCACGGCAUUUAAGUUGCAUUUUUCAAAAAGACUGUGAGGUAGACCUGAGCUGAAAGAGGGGGUUUAAUUUUAUAUCAUCAAUAAUGACACUUUGUGAGAAUGUGACCUGCUUUACAUGCGAGAGGAAAAGGCUGCUUAAAUUAUGCCUAAUGUUAAUUUUGAUCAGUAUUUUUGUAAUCAUUGUUUUAAUCAGUGUAAAACACAACCAACUUGAUGAUCAUCAAAGGGACGCCGCAGAACUAGACUCUAGAUGGCUUCAGCAGUGUACGCUCAGUAAAAACACGACUGAUGGCAAAGAGUUUGUUUCCAGUGACUCCACAUCAUGUCCAGAGUUCAUCAAAGAGCUUCUCCCAUCUGCGGAGCGAACGGCUCUCCUCUAUCAUCUCUCUUACCUGUGUUUGGGAAACUUCCCAGAGAUGGAGCGUCUGAUCAGAAAGAGAGCUGUUGAAACACAACUGCUGUUCGGAUCCUCUAAAGCUCUUCUGCUGAAGUGUGAAGGAACCAGUGACAACUUUGUCAAAUUGCUGCUGCCCAGUCUGAAGGUGGCUGCAGAGAAAAACAAACCAGAAUUAGCACUGAAAUUCCUAGAAAAAGCAAAAGAAUGGAUCAGUUACAUCGUAAUGGCUGUUAAAGAAAUUGUGAAGAGGUAUGAGAAACAUAACAGUGAUGUAUGUGACUUGACCAGUGACAUGGUCACUGUAAAGGUAGAGAAGAAGCAGCAGCAACAAACCAGUGAGAUGAAGGCACUUCAGAAGAUUAUUGAUGGUCUGGAAGAAAAACUUCUUCACAUCAGUAAAAAGAUAGAUGACUAUGAGAAAAAGAUUGAGGAGAAAAACUCAGAUAUACAUACAAUGAUCAGCAGCAUUACGGAAACAGAUUUGAACAUAUAUUCUAUGAUCGUGCCAUUUGUGGAAAGUAAUAUUUUCAAAACAAUGAGGUUCAGUCCAGAGAAAGAUCAGCUCAGAGCUCUUUAUGCGGAUUUAUCCGAGAUCACUGAACCACAGAAAAGUCUGAAAGAAGAAGAGUGGGACAUCCAGAACCAGCUGCUGGAGAAUCAGCUGAAGCUGGCUAAACUACAAUUUGAAAAUGGUCAGUUGUCAAGCAUCAGAAGCCUUUAUGAGGUCCAAAUGCAUCUGUCUCAAAUCCAGAACAUCCUGGUUCGGCUUCAGAAGUUCUGGGAGAAAGUGGGUAAUUUGCUGGACACUCUGAAGGAAAGCACCCUUGCUGGGGAUAUUUGGAUUGAGGAGCUUGAAGAUCUGAAGGAGCAGUUCCUGGAGUCCAUAGAUGCUGCUAAAGAGGAAUGGACAAAGUUUGGCAUCAGCUGCAUGACGGCCUACCACAUCUUCAGCAUUCAGACGAAUGACGCCUACAGGUUUCUGGAGAUCAGUCCUUCAUCUCUGUCUAAAGAAGAGUGGCAGAAAGAGUAUGAGAGCAUGAAAGAGAAACUACAGAAUAUAAAACCAAAAGCUGUCUGUCCUACACCACAGUAACAUUCCCCAGGAACUAGGGACUUUGGGGUGGUACUCGACCUAAAUGAAGUUCUGGGUAAAAAUUUCCCCCCUUCAGAAAGUCCCUGAUCACAGUGUAGUACUUUUUCAAAGUUCAAGAACUUUCAGGGGACUUAGGUGCUGAAUAUGCUGAUUGGUUGACUCCAUUUAGCAUUUUAUUUCAACCACCAUUGUUAAACAUCUGUUGUGGAGUGUGCAGUAAGAGAUGUUUGCUAUUCGAAUCAACAGUGGAGUUUAAAAAAUACGAACCAUGUACCAAUGACGAAUUUCAGGCUUUAUUAAGCUUGUAUGCGGAGGACGAAAUCCAGCGAUACAAUGAUACAACUUUUCACAACGAUAACACUUUAUGUGGUUAGAAAGUACCCUCAUUUGUAUAACUCUAGGAUGAAAGAUGUUUACAUGUGUUUGUAACUCAUGGCAAGAGAUUGCUCAAAACUGUGCAUGCGACAAACACCUGUGUAUACAUAGUGUAUACAUCAAAUGCAGUGUACUUUCCAAGGCUGUGUAUUCGAGUAAACUCAUACACUAGCGUAUGCGUAAAAAAACAAAGUAUACCCAGGGCUUUAGUCCACUAGGAGGCAGUAGUGGUCAUUUUCUUUCCCUCUUCUUCUUCUUUGUCUGAGCAGGUACAGCCAGGUGAGUGCGCUCAUCAUCUGCUGCGUCUGAAACUGCCUACUUCCCUACUAUAUAUACUAUAUUGUAGGGGAAAAGCAGUAAGCGAGCGAAUAAGUAUGUCCGAAUCCUUAGUAUUCAUAAAAGGUAGGCGAAAAUUAGGUGACGUACUAAUUCUCGCAAGAUUCGGACUUGCAUCUACUUAGGUUGUGAUCGAAUAUGCCUACUUACCUACAAUAUAGUAGGAGAAAACAGUAUGUGAAAGGAGUAGUAUGUCUAAAACUUCAGUAUUCAUAAAAGAGUAGGCAAGAAGUUCCCGGAUGGCCUACUGCUCCCUCCAGAUUAUCGAGUGUUCAUCCAAUGGAUACUUUUCUAUGCCAGUAGGCCAUGGGAGAGGAUACAUCAUAAUCAAACACGGAGGAGAAAAGCAGCGCAGGUGUUUUCAAAUGUAAGUAGUGAAAACCAAAAACACGGUUCUAAAGGAAGACAUUAAAUCUCUCAAGAUCUCAGCAGAAGUUCUUUUGGAGAAUUAACAGAGGUUUAGAUGUUGAUGUUUUAUUGAAAAUGUUUGGUCGCCAUUUUGGUGGUCAGUGUUUCCUUUAGUUGGGCAGUUUGACUCUUGGGUUUUUGUGUGAGUUUGUGCUUUUUGUAGCAGUGUUAGCCAAAAUACAUCUUUACUAAACAUCUAAACUGUUAAUUCUCAAAAAGAACUUCUGCUGAGAUCUUGAAAGAUUUAUUGUCUUCUUUUAUUUUCAGUUGAUUUCAGGUUGUGUGGCUUUAAGUUUGUUGUAGAUGUGUUUCAUUUUCUGAGAGUGCAAACGUUGACACAUUAACAGUGAUUUAACAUUAUUUCUAUCAUUGCUUAUUAUCUGGGUAUACAUCAUAAAGACGCUUACUAAAUGUUUAUUUAACAUCUGACAGGAAAAUCUAAGUAUUGCAGAUGAUGAGCACAUCACAACAUGAAAUAGACAACUGAGUGAUAUGUGUGUGUUUAUUAUGUAGAAUUCACUGCUCAUUGCCUACAUUACAUGUACAGCCUACAUUUACAUUAUGUAAGUAAGGUAAAUAAACAAAUGUACAAGUAACUAUACAUAAGUUAUCUAUUUUAAUUGUCCAUUAGUAGUGUUGAUAAAUUAAGGAACAUUUGUGUUGGAUAAAAAGUGUUAACACAUCAUCAACUACCUCAACAUGUAAAUGUAAUAUUGAGCUCAAAUCUCAAAGGAAACUUGAAUCUUGUCUGAUGUUACAGGGACAGAUGAGCACACGUGUGUUUAUUCGGUGGAGAGAGGCUAAUGAAGGAAUGCUGCCAUCAAAGGCUUUGAGUAGUCGUGCUGAAGAAGAGCAGGCACACAAAUGUUUGGAGCAGACACAGCAGCAGCCAGAUUGUCCCGCACAUCUUCUCCCACUCUUGCUUCAAGGUUGUGGAGUCCAGGGGGGCAGACGACAUGGUCUUCCUCAUCCUCUGGAUCAACGAUGUACCCAUUGAGGAGAGCAGCAGUGAAGGGACAUGAUGGAUGGCAAAGACAGGCAAAGGUGUUCACAGUGGUCAGCUGCUUCAUCAAAAUAAAGCUGUAGAAUAGGCAGUAGGAUAUGAGGUUCACCACAUGUAAAUACAUGAUUGUUAGAACAGUAAGUUUAAAUAAAGCUUUAUGUAUUUAUUUACUGUGAUGGUUACUUUUAUUCAUUUUUUUACUUAUUUAUGUUUCCUAUUGUUGUCAGUAAAUAAAAUAUAAUUAUUUUAUUAUUAUUGUAUUAAUUCAUUGCUUGACUGUAAAUUGAGAUGUAUUCACAUUGGCUGCAUUUGUUACAAAGAAGGUCAGGAAAAAAAAACAUGGUUGUAUCUUUAACAACGAACAAUCAUAAUGACAAAAAUAUAGCUGCAAGCA